UAAUAGUACAACAAAAAAUAUUGUGUCUUUUGAAUCAAUUUUUAGAUUGAAGUAGGAGUAGUUCUUUCUUGUGUUUGAAACUCUAUCCACCCAAUAUUAAAACAACAUCUUCAUCUUCGAUCCAUCAAGAAUGCUAGAAACAACCACCACUGCUGCACUGUCCUCCGCAGCAACAGCAUUGUCCUCUGUUCCCGGGCUCUCGUCUCGUACCGCAGCCGUAUGCUGUAGUCGUUCUGCUUGCACGACAGGAGCUGUUGCCGCAAAAGUCCUGAGAGUGGGCACGUCUCCCGCGUCCUCCUCGACCUCUAGUACGCACCAUGGAGACCUACAACUCAAGAAUCCAGGACCCUGGACGACAAGCAGCCUGGGAACAAACCUUCUUCAGGGAAAUUUGAACUCAAAGUCUACUCCGACUAGCAGUUUAUUCAGAUCUUCUGCAACCAGAGUGGUCUCCAACAACAUCAACCAGCUUCAACAUGACCAUCAGCAUCAGAGGAGUAGUGUCCUCUACCACCAACAGCAGGCAAUGGCGAGUGGCGUCCUUUUCCACCAACAGAAGCAGCAACAGAACUACCAGAAGACAAGUAGCUGCUCAAGUAAUUCAUCAACGUACCUUCAGCUUCAACACCAGAGAACAUUCGCAACCUGCUACUCAUUGCUGAAGCGUAAUCGUGUUCCAUUCGUGGACUUCGAAACCGCCUAUCCCAAAAAUGCCAAUCCUCUUCCGCCAGUGCAAGUUUUCAC